AUGUUUGUUGCGCGUACCGCCAUUGCUGCCGCCCGUGCUGGAGCUGGACCGUCUGUGGGCGUUGUGGGAGCGUCUGUGGUGGGAGGGGUGAGCCGCCCGCUGGUGGCCACCCUCUUCUCGGCUGCCCAGUCGUCCUACGAGCACAUUGUGGCCUCGGUGGAGCGGGAGGGGACUGUUGGCCUCGUCCGCCUUAACCGGCCCAAGGCUCUCAACGCGCUCUGCUCGCCGCUGUUUGAGGAGCUCAAUGAGGCGCUCGCCAACUUUGAUGCGGACCCGAAGAUCGGCGCCAUGGUGGUGACCGGGUCGGACAAGGCCUUUGCUGCUGGCGCCGACAUCUCGGAGAUGGCCGACAAGGAGUUUGCGGGCGUGUUUGCCGGCAAGUUCCUCUCGUCGUGGGACGCCAUCACCAAGCUGACCAAGCCGGUCAUUGCCGCCGUCAACGGCUUUGCGCUCGGCGGUGGGUGCGAGCUCGCCAUGAUGUGCGACUUUAUUAUCGCCGGCGACAAGGCUCAGUUUGGCCAGCCGGAGAUCAAGCUCGGCACCAUCCCCGGCGCCGGCGGCACCCAGCGCCUGACCAAGGCCAUCGGCAAGUCGAAGGCCAUGGACCUCUGCCUCACGGGCGACUUUAUGGACGUCCAUGAGGCCAAGUCGUACGGCCUCGUCGCCCGCAUUGUGCCCGCCGACGAGCUUGUCGACUCCUCGCUCGACACUGCCGCCAAGAUCGCCGGCUACUCGCAGAUUGCCAACGCCAUGGUGAGGCUGUCAACGCCUCGUUCGAGACCACACUCGCCGAGGGCCUGCACAUGGAGAAGCGCCUCUUCCACGCCACCUUUGCCACCGCCGACCAGAAGGAGGGCAUGAAGGCGUUCCUCGAGAAGCGUAAGGCCGAGUUCAAGCACCAGUAGAGUGUUAAACUGCGAGGAGCUCGC